AUGCCCAAAGUGACUGUCAUUAAGCUCGACGACGCGCCCGACUCGCUCGAACCGCCGACAUUGGCUGCCACCUCCCCCUCGUCCGGCAAGCAUCCUCGCGUUAAACAAGUCCCCCUCGACGCGCUGCUGCCGUACAACAAGGUGGAGCGUGAUGAGCGCAGUGCUAGGGUCAAGGCAGAGAAGCAGGGGGCCUCAAAGCGGGAUGAGGAUGCGGAUGCGGCGACGUUCGUGAUUGGGAGGGUUCCUCCGCCGUUCCCGCUCUCGGCGGCAGACAGGCUGGCUUUCGUUCGUCCUGCGGCACGAGAAGGGGAGCGCAAGGCGGCGGAGAAAGUGACGGCGUUCCAAUGGAAGCUCUACGAUCUCCUCUUGACCAUCCCGGAAGGCCGCGUCUCGACCUACGGCCAACUCGCGUCGCUCCUCGCCUCCUCCCCUCGCGCAGUCGGCUCCGCCCUCCGCUCGAACCCCUUCGCACCCUACGUCCCCUGCCACCGCAUAAUCGCCUCGACGCUCUUCAUCGGCGGGUUCUGCGGCGAAUGGACGGGCAAGAACAAGAGUGCGGGCGCGAAGCAGGCGGGAGAGGGCAAGAAGACGGGCGAGAAGAUUGAGUUGCUAAGGAGGGAGGGGGUCGAGUUUGAUUCGAAGGGGUACCUGAAGGACAAGUCGAAGCUUUGGGAUGGGAAGAAGGCGUGA